UGGCACCGGGACCGGCCGCAGAGCGGCUUCCGGCUGGGUGCGGUGCAGUUUGUGCAGGUCGCUCCCCUGGUGGAGGUGGCGAACAUGAUCGGGCAGCAGGGCAGCAAGUCGCACGUCGCAAAGGGCUCCUCGGGGCGCAUCCGGGAGGCGCACGCCUGCGCGGCGGAGGAGGCGCUGCGCGCCGUGGGGCGCCGGGCCGCCGAGACCGGGGCGUCGGUGCACAUGCCCAUGCGGCGCUUUUUCUUCAGCGGCUGGCCCGCCUUGUCGCUGCUGCACCGCCUGCAGGACCUGGACCUCCGCCACGCGGCCUGCGCCCGCGCGGUGCCCGGGGCCUACGGCCUCCUGAGCCUCGCGGCGCCGGAGAGCGUCUGGCUCUGCGUGCAGCGCUCCCCCGACAUGGUGUAUGAGCGGUGGCGGAACCAGGGCGUGUUCGAGGACUGCGAGCACAUCGUGGGCGAGCUCCAGCGGCGCGGCGUCCAGGACAGGCGCCCCCCUCCUUCGCAGGCGAUUUUCCUCCCCGAGCCCCCGAUUUUUCGGCGAACAAUAAGCCUUAAGAUGCACCUCCAGGAUUAAGUCGGGCAUGCC